GAGUUCAAAAGCGACGGUCGUUGGGGUGAGACCGCCGACGGCCCCGGCGUCGACGUCCAGCAGGCCCUCGAAGAGUUUGACGACCUUCGCAGAGAGCUCUCGCGCGUCUCGAGAGCUUCGCACCGCUCGAACCUCGACCUCGAGAAGCUUCCCUCUCACGCCACAGAUGUGGGCAACGACGACGCCGACGACGACGGACAGGCCUUCGACCUCGAGUCCUGGAUCCGCAACGAUACCGCCAAAGACCGCGACUACGUACUGCCCACUAACAACUCGUUUCGUUCCCAUCCACAGGUCGGUGUAUCGUUCAAAAAUCUCUCCGUCGACGGUGCAGGCUCAGGAGCUGCUAAAGUUCCAACUUUCCUCGACUCCUGUAUCUACGCCUUUGGUGGGGGUUUUGUCCUCAGUCUCUUGCGCACCCUCAUCCCUCCCCUUCAGCCUGCUAUCCAGACGCGUCCAAUUCUUCAUGACUUCUCGGGCCUCGUUCGCGCUGGCGAGAUGCUCCUCGUCCUCGGACCGCCAGGCUCUGGCACCACCACCCUCCUGCGCGCGCUCACCAACCAACGCGAAGGAUACGUCCGCGUCGGCGGCGACGUUCUCUACGAUGGAAUUGAGCCACAGGAAGCCAAAGACCGGUACAGAGGCGAAAUCGUCUUCAACGACGAAGACGACCGUCACUUCUCAACCUUGACUGUCGCCCAGACUCUCAGAUUUGCUCUGAGGCUCAAGACUCCAUCAAACAGACCGUCAGAUGAGUCUGCCUCCGCCUUUGUCGAGAAGUUGAGAGAGCUUUAUGGAAAGAUGUUUGGCAUUGAGCACACAAUGAACACAUUUGUUGGUGGUGACUCAAAAGCUCGCGGUGUCUCAGGUGGUGAGCGAAAACGAGUCUCCAUUGCCGAGGUUCUCGCCAAUCGAGCUGCUAUCGUUGCUUUCGAUAACUCCACUCGAGGACUCGACGCCUCGACCGCAGUUGACUAUAUCCGCUCUCUGCGCAUUCUGACAAACGUCACCCAUUCAACCACAAUCGUUACCCUUUACCAAGCCGGUGAAGGCAUCUACAAGGAGUUUGACAAGGUCUGUCUCGUCUACUCUGGUCAUCAAAUCUAUUUCGGACCCGCAAGUGAAGCAAGGGCCUACUUCGAAGACCUUGGCUUUGUCCCCGCGCCUCGCGUCACCACUGCCGAUUUUUUGACCUCAAUCACAAGGCCGGCUGAACGCCGUAUCCGUCCUGGAUACGAAAAUCGCGUGCCAAAGACCCCUGAGGACUUUGAAAAUGCCUACAAGGCCUCGCGGUUCUACCAGCAGACGCUUACCGAGAUCGACCUUUAUCAUGCUGAGCUCGAAAACACCGGGCAUGCCUCUGCGCAGGCGUUUACGGAAGCUGUCAAACUGCAAAAAUCUGCCUCGUCCUCUCCUUACACUGUUUCCUUCUUCCGCCAAGUCCAAUUGCUAAUCAUUCGUGAGCUACAGUUGCAGUGGCAGGAUCAAGUUUUGCUGAAGACGAAGAUCAUCAACUCGAUUGCCUGUGGCUUCAUCUUUGGCUCGCUUUUCUUCAACAUCCCUGAAGAUACCUCGGGAGCUUUCAACCGUGGUGGUAUCAUUUUCUUCUCGCUCGUCUUUAACGGUUGGUGUUUGCAGGUCGAGUCCGGUAAUAUCAUCGAUCAGCGUCCGCUCUUGAACAAGCAUCGCUCAUUUGGAAUGUUCCGCCCGGCAGCGCUUGGAUUGGCAAAGACGUUUUCCGAUCUUCCCAUUCUGAGUGUGCAGAUCUUGCUGUAUGUGAUCAUCACCUACUUUCUCUCCAAUCUCAAUCGCACGGCUGGCCAGUUCUUCACGCACGCCUUCAUCGUUAUGAUUUCAACCUUCAACCUUAUGGCGUUCUAUCGCUGCAUCGCUGCUUUCUCUGACAAUAUCGAUGGCUGUCUCCGACUUGUCGCUGCUGUCUUGAACGCUCUUGCUUUCUGGACCGGCUACGUGCUACCUUCGUUCAAAAUGCCUUGGUGGUACAGAUGGUUCUACUACGUCAACCCUCUCACUUACUCAUUCGAGGCUCUGAUAGCAAACGAGUUCCAUGGACGCGAGAUGCUUUGCGUCGAUGCUCAGCUUGUUCCUAGCAUCAGCGGCGUCGGUCUCGCAAACCAGGCAUGCACUCUCCCCGGCUCAGUUCCGGGCGAGGCCUACGUCAGUGGUGACAGCUACAUCGAGACUCAGUUCGCUUACAAGCACAGUCAUCUCUGGCGAGAUGUCGGUAUCACAUUUGGGUUUUUGGUGUUCUUCUUGAUUGUCAAUAUGAUCGUCUCUGAAUUCUUGACUUACAAUUCUGGCUCAGGGCAGAUCAAGCAGUUUGCAAAGCUGCCUGUCGAUAGUGCUGACUCUACACAGACAGCACCGUCGUCCCUGAAUGAGGAGAAGAUCUCGGAGAACGACCAGUUGAAUAAUGAUGAGAGUGAUGAAGAGAGCGACGAGCAGAACGUUGAGGGCUCCUUGUUCACGUUCAGGGAAGUUUCAUUUACUGUCCCUACGCCUGAUGGAGAGAAGCAGCUACUCAACAAUGUUGAGGGUUAUGCUGUUCCUGGUAAAUUGCUAGCUCUUAUGGGCUCUUCCGGAGCGGGAAAGACGACGCUUUUGAACACCAUUUCUCAGCGCAUGCGGGUCGGCCAUGUCACUGGUGACUUCCUGCUUAACGGCUACCCACUCAGCAAAUCGUUCCAGCGCACAACAGGCUUUGUCGAGCAGCAAGAUCUCCACGAGGCUAAGCAGACUAUCCGUGAGGCCCUGCGAUUCUCCGCGCGUCUGCGACAGCCAAGAACAGUCUCGUUGAAGGAGAAGUACGAUUUUGUGGAGAGCGUGAUUGACUUACUUGAUUUGGGGUCGAUUGCGGAUGCAAUCAUUGACUCUGUCGGAAGUGGGUUGUCGGUCGAAGAGCGAAAGAGAGUUACGAUUGGUGUUGAGCUUGCGGCGAAGCCGGAUCUUCUGUUCUUGGACGAGCCGACCUCUGGAUUGGAUUCCGAAGGAGCGUAUGCGAUUGUGUCGUUCUUGAAGAAGCUGGCCAAGAAGACACAUCUGGGAAUUAUCUGCACAAUUCAUCAGCCUUCAGCUAUCUUGUUUUCGCAGUUUGACAACUUGUUACUGCUGGCGCGAGGCGGCAAGACCGUGUACUUUGGUCCGAUCGGACGCGGCGGUGAGACCGUGAUUGAGUAUUUCUCGACCUACAGCAAGCCGCCUGCUUCUGAUGCUAACCCGGCCGAGUAUAUUCUCGAGGUCACUGGAGCCGGCGCUGGUCGUCGGUCAAAGAUUGACUGGCCGCAGGUGUGGCUCAACUCGCCCGAGAUUACCGUCAGAAGGCAGGAAAUUGCCGACUACAUCAAUCGAUGGCAGUCGCAGCGUCGGCCGCAGAUUGAAGGUGCUAGUGACGUCGAAGAACUUGAGUUUGCGGCGCCGCUGAGUGAGCAGAUCAAGGCGGUCACCAUCAGGCUGGAAUUGACGCUCUGGCGUACGCCGUCGCUUGGAAUCUCGUUUGUGUUUGCAUCGCUGUCUGCGGGCUUGACAGCGGGAAUUCUCUUCUUCCAGCUUGAUAACUCGAUCCUGGGCAUGCAAUCACGGACUUUCUCAAUGUUCUUCACGCUGCUGCAAAUUAUCCCGAUCUUGAACUCGCUCGAGAUUCACUUCAUCGACGCUCGGGAUCUAUUUGAUCUCCGCGAGCGCAACUCAAAGGUGUACUCGUGGGUCGCUCUCGUGACUGCGUACUUGGUUUGUCCGAUCCCAUACGUUCUGCUGUCGUCGGUUCUGUUCUUCCCAACGAUUUGGUACAUGCCCGGACUGUCGAUGAGUGCAUACUCUGCCGGAUUUGGAUACUUUUGUAUCCUGCUGAUGAACCUGUGGCACGCGUCCAGCGCGAUCAUGCUCGGAGCGUUUGUACCCUCGACUGACGCAGCGGGAGUCAUCAAUCCGCUGUUUUUCGUCAUCACACAGGCUAUCGUGGGAAUCACGAUCCCGCUCGCGAGCAUGAAUGGUUUCUAUUCCAAGUUCCUUUACUGGGCUAACCCGGUCGCGUACGUGAUCCGUGCGCUCUGCGUGACUGCCGAGCACAAGGUGUCGGUGUCAUGCGACGAGUCCGAGCUUGCGAUCUUUGAUCCCCCUUCGGGACAGACGUGCAGCCAGUUUGCGCAAAGCUGGGUGGAAAGCAGUUCGCGCGGCAUACUGCUCAAUCCGGACGCUAAUGCCGGAUGCGAAUUUUGCCAGUACACCGUGGGCGACGAUUACCUUGACAGUCUCGGGUGGUCGUUUGGCACACGAUGGAGAGAUAUCGGUCUCUAUAUCAUGUUUACCGGAGUAUCUUAUCUGGUGCCUUUCCUGGUGUACUACGUUGCUCGGGUCAUGAGCUGGAAGGGAAUCACGAGGCCGUUCAAGAAACUGGUGGGCGGUUUUAUGAAGAAGUAGUUAUUACUACAGUACAAAACUAAUACUGUGCAUAUAUAUGACGCGUUAUGAGCAAGCAUAAUAACAAAUUUGAACGAAAUCGUGGAUAUUUUUUUCGCGGUAUGACUUAAUAUAGUAAUUCAGCAGAUUUAUAGUGUAAUAGCAAUCAAUAGAAUAGUAAUAACAAUUAAUAGAAUGGUGAUAGCAAUCAAUAUAAUAGUUGUGACUUCAAUAGAAUAAUGUUAAAGGUCGACUUUAUUUG